AUGCCGGUCCAGAAUGAAGCAUCUGCUAGUAUUCCAUCUCGACCGUUAACUAAUGACAGCCAUGAUGAUAAGCUGGAGUCGGAUUCGAAUGCUAGCUCAGUCUCAGAGCAGUCGUCUGUUUCAUUUCAGGUCUUCGUCAUUGGUUGUCAAAAGUACGGCUCGAAUGGAUUACCUGAGCGUCAACUCACGCCAAUCAAGGACCUCUAA